GAAAAAGAAGAAGAAGAAAAGGCUGAUGAGAACUCAGCCAGUGAAUCCAGCUCGAGCUCUUCCGAAGAAGACUCUUCUGAAGCCUCCGACAGCUCUUCAGAGGAAGAGGAAGAGAAGUCAAUGGAAGUUGACGAAACAGAGAACAAGAAUAAUAAGAGAAAGGCUGAUACGUCUGAUGACGAUAAUGAAAACCCUGCUAAGGCUGCCAAGACUGAAGAAAAAUUCACCGUUUGGUGUGGUGGUCUCAACUGGGAAGCCACUGUUGAGCAAAUUAAGGAACAUUUCGCUCAAUGCGGUGAAAUUGUUGACGUUAGACUUAGAAUGGACAAUGCUACUGGCAAAAACAAAGGCUUCUGUCAUGUUGAUUUUGCUACUAAAGAAGGUCAAGAAGCUGCUCUCGCUUUAUCCAAUACCGAAUUCUUAGGUCGUACCAUUCGUUUAGAUAGCGCCGAUGGCAACAAUCGUCAGCGUACAAAGAAAGAUGAAAACUAUGGACCUAGAACCAAUAAGGUUUUCUGCGCCAAUCUCAACCGUGAUUUUGAUGAAGAAUCCCACCGUAAUUCACUCAAUGAACAUUUUGGCAAGUUCGGUAAGAUUGUCGAUAUCAGAAUUCCCUAUGACAGAGAAAGUGGUGCUAUGAAGGGUAUCGCUUAUAUUGAAUUCGAAAACCCCGAUCAAGCUGAAGCUGCUGUGACUGGAAUGAACGGUGUUGAGGUCAACGGUCGCCCUCUUCGUACUGAUUACUCUGGUUCCAAUGAUCGUGAUCGUGUUAAUCAACGUGGCGGUCGCGGUGGACCCCGUGGUGGUCGUGGCGGAUUCCGUGGUGGUCGCGGUGGUGGACGUGGUGGUUUCCGUGGCGGACGUGGUGGUUUCCGU